AUGUCAAAAAUUAUGAUGGCUUUGGUUUUGAGUCUUGUACUUCUUUUGUUAUCAGCAGUCCUGGUUCAUUCCGAUGAAAGUAUGGUGCCUUUCAGAUCCUUCAAGAUAAGUGGAAAUGUAACAUAUGAUUGCGUAAAUAUCUAUAUGCAACCAGGUCUUGCUCAUCCAUUGCUCAAAACCCACAAAAUUCAGAUUGCUGGAUUAAGAUCAUUUCAGGCCAUUCCAUGGUGUAGAAACCGGUUGGAUGAUAAAUUAUGGGCAAUUUGGAGACGGACGUGUUUGAACAUUUGGAUAUUGGAAGGGUUUGUUCAAGUAUCUAAGGUGUUUCCUAUUGUAGAACCUAAUGACCUUUAG